AUGAAGUUUUUGUCUCCAUUAGAAAUUGAUCUCUCUCUCAUUCCGUUUUCUGCAUUUAAUGAUACACAGAAAAUAUUGUUGCUUUUUCUUCUUUCCUCUAAUGUUUCUGUUAGCCUUGUUGGGUUGAUGUGGUUCAUAACACUGCUACUAUUAUGCUGCCUCUCUCUGCUCCUUAGACAUUUUAGCUUUGCAGAUAGACUUCAGAAGAAUUGUACAGCUGUAAAAGGCCACCUUCUUUGUUUGGUUUUACACUGUUCACUCACACAUGUUUUAGUCAUUUCAAUAAUUACAGCUGAUACAUUUUUGGACAUUGAAUCAAGGAACUUUCCUUUGACAAUCAAGCUAUGGGUAUUUUAUGCAGAAGGGAAAAUUAAAAGAAGCAUCAAGAUGGGACCAUAUAUUGAAAGAUUUGAGGCUGCAAUUUCAGUAAAAUUAUAG